CGGUGGACACCCUGAACCGGUUGCCAGCCAAUUGCAGUUGUUUCCUGCACACAGGCAUGGCGUACUGCUGUUCCUGCCCCUGCCUGUGUUCACGCUCAUCGGUUUACACGCUGGCCUUGGGCUUAAGUUUUGUUACUCUCGGAACAACUCGGAUCCUGCUGCUUAAAUUUGCUGCUAAUGCAGACAACAGAUACGACUUCCUCCCAGCGUCUGUCAACAUGCUGGCGGAGGCGCUCAAGUUGCUCUUCUGCCUCGCGAUGUCUGUCAGGGUGUUUAUUCGAGAGGGACGCUCCUGCAGAGAUCUGCGUUGCUCUUCGGCCUCCUCGCUCCUCAGCUCUUUGAAAUGGGCUGUCCCCGCAUUCCUCUACUUUCUUGACAACCUCAUCAUUUUCUACGUGAUGACCUACCUGCAGCCUGCCAUGGCAGUCUUGUUCUCCAACUUUGUUAUCCUCACCACAGCUGUUCUCUUCAGACUUGUCCUCAAGAGGCGGCUGUCCUGGGUGCAGUGGGCGGCGUUGGUCAUACUAUUCCUGUCCAUCGUCUCGCUGACGACGGGGUCGGGCGGCGGCCAGAAGUCAUCCAUGUCAGUGCCGGGAGUCCGCUUGAGGCCCAUGUCCACACCGUCCAACUCCUGCCUGCUGUACACACAGCUGCUGGAGCAGAUGAAGAACAGCAGUGCCACCGCCUCGUGGAUGUCGACGUUGCCUGGCCAGGCUUGGCGGGACAGCCUGGUGGGAAAGCUUCGCUCGCUGGGCAUGGGCCACGUCCUGCUCUUGCUGCAGUGCUUCAUCUCGGCCAUGGCCAACAUUUACAAUGAGAAGAUCUUAAAGGAAGGAGACCAGCUCACUGAGAGCAUCUUCAUUCAGAGUAGUAAACUGUACGCCUUUGGUGUGGUGUUUAACGGUCUGACCCUCGUUACCGGGCAAGAGUCCCGAGGCCUCACUGUCCACUGUGGCCUCCUUUACGGACACAACAUCUACUCUCUAGCCCUGGUGGUCAUCACUGCGACCCUGGGCCUCUCGGUGGCCUUCAUUUUGAAAUUCCGAGACAACAUGUUCCACGUGCUGACGAGCCAGAUCACCACCGUCUUGGUGACCGCCCUCUCGCUCUUCCUCUUCGACUUCCGGCCUUCUCUGGACUUCUUCCUGCAGGCCCCCGUGGUGCUGCUGGCCAUCUUUAUCUAUAACGCCAGCCGGCCCCGGGACCUGGAGUACAGCCUGCAGCAGGAAAAGCUGCGGGUCAUCAACGGGGAGGUGUUAAAGAGGUCCAGAGGGGAUGGCGAGGAGCUGGAGCUGCUGACCAAGGCCAAUACAGACAGCGACUCUGAAGACUCGUCUUUGUAAUACAGAGACGCAGACUGCGUGCAGUGUUCACAAAGGAGGCACAUUGUCGAUGCACAUGUUGUUGGCAAAGUUUAUUUUAUUUUUUUGCUGCUGGAAAACGUGGCCUAACGACGUCGUCGGUGUGUCUGAAACACAUGAGAUUGAGGCGUUUGUUUUUUCUGUGGUCAAACCUCAACACACGCUUUCAGUUUGUGCGUGUUGGGAAUAAGUCUUGCUACUGUAUUUUUUUUUCCUCCUUUGGAAACCAUGUGGGUAUUUUAUUCCCUCUUCCUUUGCUGGAGGAAGAUUUGUCUGAGUUUCAGUGGCAAGACCGUUUGUCAGGAUAUGAGGAUGGACAGUAUUCAUGGGACUUGAAGACUUGUUUGGCGGACCAAAAGCCUAAAUUGGACUCUUGAAAAGCACAAGGACUUGCUUUCUUUGGUCACAUUGUGAAUAUUUAUAAACUGGGCCAUGUGAGCUUGACAAUAAACAGCACGCCCUUCA